GCAGAGCUAACAAAUGCUUGGAACAGAGAUGCGUCCAUCCAGCACCAUAUCAUUUGAACCGGGGCUGGAACGAGGAGUGCCAUGGGGUCGCGACCUAAUUACAUUUAUGACAUCAGCAGCUGGCUACAUGAUGCGAACUUUGCAAAAGCCACGGAAGAACAAGCCAUCCAAGCGACAGGUCAAUCACCGCAGGUUUCUACACAACAUGAUCCAGAGGAAAUUUGCAGAAAUAGAGUCAGCAAAUCAUCAGCUGGCAUCAGCUAUUUUUUCAGUUGAUGCAAAGUCACAAAGACAAUCGGAAAUAAAGUCGACUCCCAAACAUGAAUCAGAAAAACACCCGAAAAAAGCCACUGCUGUCUUUGGUGUGGCUGAAACAAAACACCUGGAGGAGGACACUGAUACAAUAACUCUAGACAGUAUUGUGAUAAACCGCAAUGGAUGCUCCUUGAAGAGCAAAUCUCUGAAUAAACAGAACAAGGGAAAAAAUAGUCAGAUAAGGGAAGAUGGAGAUUUGGUAGAGCAAAGCGAUGAAAACUCUCCACAAGAAAUCAUUGACUUCAUGAGUCGAAGGCAACAAAUUCAUUGUGGCUCUGCUGAUUCAAAUGACUUGAUAUCAGUUAGCAAUAACAUUCUAAAAGACAGUGUAUUUACCUCACUUGAAAGUACUGAAAAGAUACCAGAGACUUUACAUGUACAGAUCCCUAAUUUACCUGAUGAAGAACAAUAUUUAGGACUGACGUUGUUUGAGCUAUCACCCACCUCACCAGUGUCUCCUUUGUCUUUGAAUUCAUGUGAUUUUGAGGUACAAAUACAACCAGAGAAUGACCACACCUCCCAAAUUCAACACACUGCGGAGAGUCUACAGAUGGAUUUAAUGGAGAAUCUUGAGCUGCUGGACUCAGAAGAGUAUUUGCAACAAAUUGACCAAAUGGACAUGGCCGCAGUUUGGGACAUCCACACUGAAGAAGACCUGAGCUGUUUUCAAGAUAACCUCCCGCUCCUUAACGCUUCACAAACAGACGUUGCAAUGGAUAAGAAAGCAACCUGUGGUGAUGGAGAUAUAUUUGGAGGACUGCAGCAGAUUUCCACACUGCUCCAAAAUUCUGCAAAGAACAUGAAUGUACAGAAUGAAUUAAGAAGUAACAUUAUUUACAGUCUAGCACACUGUGGAUCCAGCGGCCACCACAACCAAGUGGGACAAACUGGACAGACAGUGGACUGUUCCAUAAAUCAGCCUGAUAUAAGUACAGCAGUAAACAAGGGGGAUCAGUACCUAACUGGAGGUACAUGGACCAUCUCUGAGCAGGGUAAUCAUUUAAGACAUGCUUUGCAAGAACUUGAACAUGACCCGUUAAAACAGAUCGAACCUAAAACCUGGGAGCGACAGCUUAGUCACUAUAAUCAUGCACUAAACAAGGUAAACAAUCAUUAUUACACGCUGACAGAUCAAGAAAAGAAAAAGAUUGAGUCAGGGCCUAUUCUAAAUCUAAUCUCAGAUCAUUCUAAUUCUGGAAACAUGCUCUCCACCACAUCUGUACAAUGCUAUGGUUUUGACAUUCCAGUACAAGCCAAUAGCAACUGCAUAGGAAACUCAUGCUCUUUUUAAAUAAAGAAAGUAAUCAGAGUAUUCCGAGCUUUGAGGGCGUGGCCCAGUCCUUUCCUGCUCCUUAUCAAAACCCAUACCCUUAUCCAGUAUCAACUCCACCACUGAAUGAUGACUGGCUAUUCAGCAACAUAGCAACAGAUGUGGACUUUAACAGCGUAGUCAGAUCACACAGCCAUACUUACUGUUGAAGGACUGUUAAAGGUGAGAAAAAAUAAACCAAACUAAAAAUGUCUUUUAUUAAAAAUACUGUUAUAUUGUACAACUUCAAAGGUCUGUUUUAAAUAUUUGUUCCAAAUUGUAAUAUUGUAAAUAUAUAUUUUUUGCAUAUACAGACAGGUGACAAAUUAAAGGAAAAACCAACACAUCUUAGUAUUAUUUUGGGUCUCCAUGAGUCACUAGAACAACUUCAGUGUGUCUCUGGAGUUGUAUUCAAGAAAUAAAAAAGACCCUAAAAAAGCUGUUUCUUUAAUUGGUGUUUUGAUGGUAGUGGACGAGUGCUAACAUGUUAGGCUUUAUGUGUUCAGUUGGAUCAGGUUCCCUUUCAGGAACUUGAGCUGCGUCGAAAACGCUUUGGGAACGCCUCGCGCUGUUCAUGCUCUGAAUCACGUGUAAAAUCUGGUAAAUAGGCAGUCGUGACGUCAUUGGUGGGCGAC